ACCACAUUAAUCACCAAAAUGAAGUUCUUCUCCUUAUUAGCACUUGCAGCUACUGCAUUUGCAUCCCCAAUUGUUUCCUCUAACAACAACAUUCAAUCAAGUACUAUUCGCCCAAAUGCCAUUUACCAACCAAAGGUAUUUGUCAUCUCUAUGUUUGAAUUAGAACGUGAUCCAUGGUUAACCUCAAUGGAUUUCCCACAUAACAUUACCGUCCCAGGUUUAUCUCCAGUUUAUCCUACUAUCCACUGUGAUAAAAACUUUGACAUUUGUCAAGUUACUAUUGGUGAAGGUGAAAUUAAUGCUGCUGCUUCAGUGACCGCUUUAGGUCUUAACCCAUUGUUUGACUUGAGUAAAACCUAUUUCUUAAUUGCUGGUAUCGCUGGUGGUGAACCACAAUAUACUACUAUUGGUGGUGUUACUUUUGCUAAAUAUGCUGUUCAAGUUGGUUUAGAAUAUCAGUUUGCCUAUGAAGAUUACCAUGACAUCCAUCCUGAUUGGCUUGGAGGAUAUGUUCCAUACGGUACUGAAGAUCAAGAUACUUACCCAGGUAACGUUUAUGGUACUGAAGUCUUUGAAGUUAAUGAAAACUUACGUGAUAGAGCUGUUGAAUUGGCCUUAAAGGCUAACUUGUCUCGUGGUAAUGACUUAAACCACCAAUUCAGACAAUUAUACCCAGAAGCUGCUGCCAAGGCUUACCCAACUGUCUCUAAAUGUGAUGUUGUUACUUCUGAUAACUAUUUCAGUGGUAAUGUUCUUAACGACUACUUUUCCAAUCUCACUAGAUUAAUGACUAACGGUACUGGUGAAUAUUGUUCUACUGCUCAAGAAGACAAUGCUUCCUUGGAAGCCUUCACUAGAUUGGACAAGUAUGGUUUAGUUGAUUUCGACAGAGUUAUGGUUAUGAGAACCAUUUCUGAUUUCUCUAGACCACCUCCAACCAUGAAUGCCAUUGACUACUUCUUUAACCGUACUGAUGGUGGUAUCCAAGCUAGUUUGGAUAACUUGGUAUUAGCCGGUGAACCAAUUGUUAAGGACAUUGUUAACAACUGGGAAAAGGUCUAUGCUGACGGUAAGAAGUACUCUUCCAAGAACUACGUUGGUGAUAUUUUUGGUACCAAUGGUGGUACUCCAGAUUUCGGAAAGUCAUCUUUUGAAAUUGCUUAAGUAAAAACCUGUAUAUAUAUAGAACUAUAGUAAAAAUGUAAUAAUAACGACCAAAUUUUUG